UGUCUGACCAGGUUUACAAGGUUGCAGUCCAGCGUGCCAGAACCAGUAGAGGAAGAGGAGACGCGGGAGAAUGUGCAGAGGGCAUCAUCUUUAGCAAGAAGGAAAAAGUCCCACUUUGAGGGUGAGGAGAUCAGGCCAUUUUCAUCAUUCCUGACAGACACUUUUGGAAGGAAUCAUGAUUACUUGAGGAUAUCCUUGACAGAGAGGUGUAACCUACGAUGUCAGUACUGCAUGCCUGAAGCAGGUGUGGACUUGACACCAAAGCAAAAACUUCUGUCAACAGAAGAAGUGGUCACUCUGGCCAGGCUGUUCGUGUCCCAAGGCGUCAACAAGAUCCGACUGACCGGAGGGGAACCUUUGGUCAGGCCAGAUGUGGUGGAUAUAGUCUCGGAACUCAAUAAGCUGAGGAGCCUCGGACUGGAAACGAUCGCCAUGACAACGAACGCAUUAACGCUGAAGAGAAAAUUGCCUCAACUGCACGAAGCAGGGCUGAACCUGCUGAACAUAAGCCUUGAUACCUUAGUGCCUGCCAAGUUCCAGUUUAUUACCAGGAGGAAAGGCUGGGAGAAGGUCAUGGAAGGUCUGGAGAAGGCCCUGGAACUAGGCUACAAUCCAGUCAAGCUCAAUUGCGUGGUGAUGAGGGGGGUGAACGAAGAGGAAAUAUGCGACUUUGUCGCAAUGACAGAGAAGAAGGCUCUCGAUGUGAGGUUUAUAGAGUACAUGCCAUUUGAUGGUAACAAAUGGAACCACAAUAAGAUGGUGACCUACCAGGAGAUGUUGGACACCAUCCGUCAGAGGUGGCCUGACCUGGAGAAAAUGAGUGACGGGCCCAAUGACACCUCCAAGGCCUACAGAGUGCCAGGUUUCCGUGGCCAGAUGGGGUUUGUGACGUCCAUGUCUGAACACUUCUGUGGGUCCUGCAAUAGACUCAGGAUAACUGCUGAUGGAAACCUUAAGGUGUGCCUGUUUGGUAAUUCGGAGGUCUCCCUAAGAGAUACCUUAAGAGCCGAUACUUCAGAGGAGGAGCUUCUUAAGAUCAUAGGAGCAGCGGUGGGGAGGAAGAAGAAACAGCAUGCAGGGAUGUUCAAUAUUGCAAAGAUGAAGAAUAGGCCCAUGAUUCUCAUUGAUAGUGACCAGGAUGUCAUCAGUCAAAAAGGGAAAAAACAUACAAAGAGUAGUUUUGAAGAAGUGCAUGACUUCAUUUCAUCAUGCAGCAAUGGGCUACAGUGGGUCACAACCAUGGCAAAGGGGUCUGGUUGCUGUUUGCCAAAGACAAUUUUCAACACUUACAUCCGGGACAGAUCUAGAGGAAAGGGCUUUCUAGAAGGGGCAUUGGGAGGACAAAAAUGUCUGCAGCAAUUCUACAGCACCUCAAGUCAUAAUGGAAACAGACUGGACAGUUUGUAUGGACUAGGUGUAAAUCUCAUGCAGAAUGACAAACAUCAAUCAAGAAGUAAUAGGGAAUUCUCCUCUGGCAAAGACGGUGUUGCUACAAAUGGUGAUGGCUCUGCUGUUGGAGGGUCCCCUGGUGCUCGCCUGACACAUACGAACGAGGCAGGAACUGCAAAAAUGGUGGACGUUGGACACAAAAAUAGCACACGACGGACAGCCUCUGCAUCAGCAGCUGUGAUGUUGGGAGCUGAUGCCUUUGCGUUGGUGAAGGACAACAAGAUGAAGAAGGUUGACGUACUAACGGUCGCACAGCUCGCCGGCAUCAUGGCCGCUAAAAACACCAGUAAUCUCAUCCCCUUGUGCCACAACAUCCCCAUCAGUAAAGUCGACGUCCGGCUCCGCCUGGAUCCUUCCCAACAUGCAGUUCACAUCGUGUCAGAGGUCAUCACCACGGGAAAGACCGGGGUGGAGAUGGAAGCGCUGACAGCGGCGGCCGUGGCAGCACUGACGGUGUACGACAUGUGCAAAGCAGUCACACAUAGCAUCACCAUAGAGAACAUCCACCUAGUUAGCAAAACUGGAGGUCAGAGGGGUGACUUUUUCAAGUCAUGAUCCAAUUAAUUUCUAAUCAUUAUGGUGGGCAUUACCAAAUAUUAAUACUUUGUGGUCCUUUCUAUAUUUUUCACUACAUUUUUCCCAUUGAUCAUGUCAUUUACAUAUAUAAUUUAAAGCUGUUUGCCAAUUCAGGCCAAGCUGACCCUGUGAAAGCACAACAUAUCACUCAGUGGAGUUACAAAUCAUACAUGUAGUUGCAAAUCUUGUCAAAUCUCUUUGUACUGAGAUGUGUUUUUCUAAAGAAUGAAGACUUGUAUGUACGCAUAUGAUGUAAUGCUGCUUAAAUUUAUAAUUUGUUGGCAGGUAUCGGAUAUCUAAUGUUAUAUAAGCAUGAUUAUUAUUAAGACAAACAUAUAUAUGUAUUAUGAUCAUUGACAUCAAAUUCCAAACGUUUUUUUUACAUGGUGGUACAUUGUGAUGAAUUAUUUUGCUGUAUUCAUAUCAAGCACUGUAUGUACAAUGUAAAUGAUGACGAUGAUGUACAAAAUGAUGACGAUGAUGUACAGUCAUGUACAUGUGACAUACAUUAAUUGAAUGUCAUGGUCCUCUAACAAUUUGUGCCAUUAGCUCCAUUGAUUAUACAGAGCUUCAUUGGCAUUGUCUAAUUCCACUACUUUGGGACAUUAUAUUAAGCUUAUUAUUUUACCAAAGUAGAUGCCACGAGCUAUUUAUGCAGUCACAGUACAUGUACAUGUAUCUGAUGGUGUCGUUCUGGAGUCAUUUGGGAUUAGAAAAUGUUUACUUAGUAAGGUGUACUUGAUUUUUAUUUAGAUUGACUUGUUGAGCGGGUAAGA